AUGGCAAAAUCAUCUUCUGGUGGACACGUAAAUGUUUCGUCAGUCAGAAUUCAAGCUAAUGCCAAUUUAAUUCUUCAAUCAAUGCAUUUUGCAUCUUUAGCGUUUAAAGAAAUAUCAGAAAUUAAAUUAGAAAUCGUAGACAAUAAUCAAUACAGAGUCACCGCAUCUAAUUUUAAUCAGACUGGUAGACAUUUAUUAGCGAGUUUAUCACAGAAUCGACCACAUGAAGCUCAGAGUAAGCAAGUGCCAUUAGCUUCUAUAGCUCGAGAGACUCCUUCGAAAGAUCAGACAAGGAGUAGUUAUCAAUCUGUGGCUGGGAAUGAAUGCACGUCUAAAACAACGAUUACUAACGAAGCUGCAAAUGUUUUCAAACUUUCGGAUGGUAAUGAUCUUGACGAUACUACAAACAGUAACGAUUUGUAUUCUCAUCAUAAUAUUAGCAAUGAUGAAUCACCGGUACAAUCGAAGAAACGAACUGAGAAUGUCUAUAGAAAGGAGCGACUUCGCCUUCGUAAGUUGCAGCAUAUAGAACUGGUUGACGAUGACUGGCGUACCAGGGUUCCUAUGGAUACGCAUGAGAUAAUUGGUCGUGAUCUGAUUGCACAGCAAUUUACGUCCAUUCAACCUCCAUACAGUGAUGCUUAUCUUUCUCUUAUGCCUUCGCAAUUAAAGGAUGAGAUGAUACAAAUUAUGUCGCCUGGUGACAUGUAUUUGAAGCAUACAUACUGUAGGUGUACAUAG